AUGAAACUAAUUGAUAAGCCUAUGAUACAUAAUAAACUAUUCUGUGAGCAAGUGGCGAAAAUUGUUUCAGCUGAUGUUCUUCUGAAACUCAAGAAUCUGGAUCUGAAACUCAAAUCUGUUCGAUCACACACUGAAUUGGCUGAGACAGCCAAUAGCGUACGAGAAUUGGCCAAAAACUUGAGUAAAGCUCAAAUCAAACUUGAUGUGAAAAGAAUCCUUAUUAUCACCAAGGCAAGGGAUAACUCGUUAAUCUAUUUGACUAGAGAAAUGGUGGAAUGGCUUUUCUCCAAAAGAGAUGACAUCACAGUAUAUGUUGAUUGUAAAUUACAAAACUCUGCCCGGUUCAAUGCUGAGGCUAUAAUGGCAUCCUUCCCUGAAGCUGCUAGUCGGUUGAAAUAUUGGGAUACUCGUUUCGCCAAACACAAUCCGGAAUUGUUUGAUUUGGUGGUGACUUUAGGUGGUGAUGGGACUGUGUUGCUAGCAUCAACGUUAUUCCAAAGAGUAGUGCCUCCAGUCGUUUCGUUUGCCUUGGGAAGUUUGGGAUUCUUAACCAACUUCAACUUUGAAGACUUUAAGAAAGUAAUGACAAGAGUAUGGGAUGAAGGAGUCAAGGCAAACUUAAGAAUGAGAUUCUCUUGUAGAGUUCAUAGGGCAGAUGGAACCCUUGUUAGUGAACGACAAGUGCUUAAUGAAUUGGUUAUUGAUAGAGGACCUUCUCCAUAUGUUACUAACUUGGAAUUGUAUGGUGACGAUGCUCUUUUAACCGUUUGUCAAGCAGAUGGUUUGAUUGUGGCAACACCAACAGGUUCUACAGCAUAUUCACUUUCAGCAGGUGGGUCGUUGGUACAUCCUGGAGUUAGUGCUAUUUCCAUCACUCCUAUAUGUCCUCAUACGUUAUCAUUCAGACCCAUUUUGUUACCAGAUACGAUGCUUUUAAAGGUCAAAGUCCCCGAAACAUCCCGUGCCACUGCUUGGUGUUCGUUCGAUGGUAAAGUGCGUACCGAGAUCUUUAAAGGAGAUUACGUAACAAUUCAAGCCAGUCCAUUCCCAUUCCCAUCCAUAGUCCUGGGAGAAAAUGAAUACAUUGAAAGUGUUUCCAGAAACUUGCAUUGGAACGUAAGAGAAUCUCAGAAACCUUUGGGUGACUUAUUGACGGGUAAAUGUAAAUCUGACUACACCCUGCACGAUGAGCAAGCUCUUGAUAAGUUUGAUAUUGACUACAGUGAAGAAGAUACAGAAUUAUCUGAAUCGUACAGUGAAGAUUCAUCGUCCCGAAGUCUGUCUUCGGAUCUUUUAACUAUUGAGGCCAAAGGACCUGGAGGAUUGUCACGAUUGCCUACCAAGUUGAAUAAGAUUCUUUAUAAAAGGGAUGACUAG